UAAAUUUCUCCGCUUUCGUUUCUCUCCCGCCACCCGUACCCUCUAUCUAUCGGAGCCCUAGUUCGCAUUCACCGACUCUGUCAAUCCUGCGUUUUGUUUCAAACUCCGAGCGGUAACACAGAGGCUUGAAAACAACGGCGAGUUAUGGCUUCAGAGGCGGUGAUGGAUCCAAUGGACUUGAAAGUUCGCGAGCUCUUGAAGGAGGUGCAACUUGAGUACACUCCUGCCGUCACUAAGGUCAUCGGCGAUGCUGUAUCGGCCAUCAAAGCGACCAUCGAUAAAAUCCCCGAAGACUUGCAGGUUACGGCGGACGUUGCGCCGGGUUUUGUGAGAGACACGGGGGCUGACAAAGUUGAAUUCAAGUUCAAGAAGCCGGAAUCUAUUGAAAUUGGAGGUAGUUAUGCAAUGCGUUGUAUUGCGAAGCCGGAUGUAAACGUUGACCUCUUCAUUCGAAUGCCGAAGGAGUGCUUCCAUGAGAAGGAUUAUCUGAAUUAUCGUUACUUUGCAAAAAGAUGUCUUUAUCUCUGCAUAUUAAAGAAGUAUCUCAAACUUUCUUUAGUAGCUGAAAAGAUUGAAUGGUCCACGUUUCAAAAUGAGGCUCGGAAGCCUAUAUUGGUCAUCCAUCCAGCUACAAAGCUUGAUGAAUACCCUCGCUUCUUGGUGAAGAUAAUUCCUACAGCAACAUCUAUAUUUAAUUUAUCAAAGCUAAACUUGGAAAGGAAUAAUGUCCGGUCUCUGAAAGAAGGGGAUGUUCUUCAUGCUACUCCAAAGUACAAUAGCAGUAUAAUAGAGGACCUUGUUUUGGAGGAUAAUGCAGAGUUUGUCAGAAAAACUUUUCUGGGAUGGAAGGAACUAGGGGAGGCUUUGAUUUUACUGAAGGUCUGGGCUCGGCAGAGAAGUUCAAUAUAUUCCCAUGAUUGCCUAAGUGGAUUUCUGAUCUCUGUCAUAAUGGCAUACCUUGCAACAAAAUCUGGUAGGAAUCGCAUAAAUAAUUCAAUGAAUGCAAUGCAGAUGUUUCGUGUGACAAUGGACUUCAUUGCCACUUCAAAACAAUGGGAAAAUGGCCUCUUUUUCCAGCCUCAAAGUGAGUACAACAUUUUGAAGAAGGAAAGGAGGAUGUCUUCUGCAUCUUUUCCAGUAAUUAUACGUGAUUCAUUUGCUGACUUUAAUUUGGCAUUUCGCUGGACAAGUAUUGGUUUUUUGGAGCUCCGGGAUGAGGCUGCUCUGACACUUAGCUGCCUUGACAAAUGUAGAGAUGGUGGUUUUGAAGAGGUUUUCAUGACCAUGAUCGAUUUUCCUGCUAAAUAUGACUACUGCAUAAGGUUGAACUUGAAGGGAAAGAGUGAAGUACAUGCAUUGGGAUUUUGUUUGGAUGAUGAAUGUUGGAGAUUAUACGAGCACAAAGUACUUUCUCUGAUGCGUGAAGGGUUGAAUGAUAGAGCAAAGUUCAUACGAGUUAUAUGGAGAAACACAGUUUCAGGGUGCUGUAUGGAAGAAGGUUUCUCAUUGUUGUCUAGAGAGCCAUUGUUCAUAGGGAUUUCAAUCAGUACUUUGGAGAAAGGUCUUAGAGUGGUUGACAUUGGUCCAAAUGCUGAGAAUAAAGAUGAGGCUCUCAAAUUCCGGAAGUUUUGGGGAGAUAAAGCAGAACUGCGGAGAUUUAAAGAUGGUACAAUCGCUGAAAGCACUGUUUGGGAAUGCAAGCAAUGGGAAAGACAUCUGAUUAUAAAGAGGAUUACCGAGCAUGUUUUGGUGCAGCAUCUUUCCUUGCCAAAAGAAAAUAUCACGACUAUUGUAGAUCAACUUGAUUUUUCACUUCUUUAUGGCACAGAAGAUCCUAUUGCUUUUUCUGCAAGUUUGCUUGAAGCAUUUGAGGUUCUAUCAAAGCAUUUGCGACUUCUCAAAGACAUUCCAUUGAGGGUAACUAGUGUGCAGCCUCUAGACUCAGCUUUCAGGUUUACAUCUGUCUUUCCUCCUGAACCUCAUCCACUAGCUGUUGAUAAAGUUAUCAAUCAAAGAUUGCAAAAGCUUCCUUUAUCCUGUAUACAGCCUCUAGAAGUUAUGAUCCAGUUGGAAGGUUCUGGGAGCUGGCCAAUGGACGAGGCAGCCAUUGAGAAGACCAAGUCUGCAUUCCUCCUUAAAAUUGGGGAAAGUCUCCAGGAUAAUUGGGGAAUGACAUGCAAUGCUACUGAGGAUGAUGUGGUUGUUUUCACAUCUGGAUAUGCAUUUCGCCUUAAAAUUUUGCAUGAAAAAGGCCUUAGCUUGUUGAAAAGGCAAAUUGGAAGUAAUCAAGUGAAGCAGGUCCCAUUGACCGACAAGAUUCUUUUUAUUCGAAGCCAGCACUCUAGCAUGAUUAAUGGUUUACAGGGUCGUUACCCAAUAUAUGGGCCAGUUGUUCGGCUUGCAAAACGUUGGGUUUCUGCACACCUGUUUUCUACUUCUUUGGUGGAGGAAGCAAUUGAGUUGUUAGUUGCUUACAUUUUUCUGAAGCCUUUUCCAUUUUCUGCUCCUUGCUCACGGAUUACUGGAUUUCUAAGGUUCUUAAGAUUACUUUCAGAGUAUGACUGGGCCUUUUCUGCUUUGGUUGUUGACAUAAAUGGUGACUUGACAGGGAAUGAUGAUAAGGAAAUUAAUGGGAAUUUUAUGUCAAGUAGAAAAACAUACGAAGCAAACAUGCAAAAUCAAAUCCCAUCCAUGUUCUUGGCUACUACUUAUGACAAGGCAUCUGAAGCUUGGACCAGAUUGUCACCGACCUCAUCUGAACUUGGAAGAUUGGUGGCUUAUGCAAAAAGCAGUGCGAAUUUGCUAGCCAAACUCAUAGCCUGUGGCGAGCUUGAUUCUUAUAGAUGGGAGUGCCUUCUCCGAACACCUUUGAACAACUACAAUGCCGUUGUGCUUCUCCACAGAAACAGGUUGCCAUAUCCUCAACGUCUCCUCUUCCCAUCUGAACUGAACCAAGUUCGGGCAGGGCGGCAUGUGGUUUGCGGGGGACCAAGCAAGAGUUUCCAUCCCUUUAUGUCGCCUGGGGACAUAAAAGGGAGGUUAGAAGAAAUGAAACAUAAACUGAUGGUAGACUUCAAUCCACUGCAGUGCUUUAUUGGAGAUUUGGAAAGAGAGUUCCCCAACACGUUCAAAGUGUGGUAUGAUUCCCUAGGUGGUGAUGCUGUUGGCUUAACUUGGGAGAGACUGGGUUCAAAGAAACGUGGACGAGAAGAAGUGGGCGAGGAAGAAUCCGAUAUGCUUGAUAUGCUAAAAACCGUCGGUGAGGUCGGUAAAGGCUUCAUCAGGAGUGUUUAUUUUGUCAAGGCCCCGAGGCUAAGUAAUUAAGUAGUUUCGUUGAGUUGAGUAAAUAGCAUCAUGGUCAAUGUUGCAGACUUGUAACCUUAUGUCUUCUUACAUCCAUCUUAUUUCUCACAUUAGUGAUUACUGCCACAAUUUUGUAUCCUGUGGCCCUAAAAUUCGGAGUUUUGAGUUUUCUUUGUACCAUCUCAUUCCCUUUCCCUUUUAUCCUUUCUUAGUCUGGCAAACGGAGUUGAAGCAACAUUUUUGUGUAUGCUGCCUACUUAUCGUGUAACCGUGGCCAGGAGAACAGGUUUGUUGCUACUGGCCAUAGCCAGUGUGCUGACCCCAUUCAUUUCAAUAGUAUACGGGUUUCUUUCUUUUUUGUUUGAAAAAAAAGAAAAGAAAA